AUGAGCGCGGCUCUGGCAGAGAGCAGUCUGUCUCUGCUGAACAGCCCUUCCCUGGUAACUCCGUCUGCGGCCAGCCUCAACAUGCUGCAUGUGGGCCACGAUGAUGUCAGCUCCACUGUGGAGCAGGUCAAUAGCAAUGGCAGCUGCAGCCCCACGCUCAGCCCUCACCAGUACAGCCACCAGGUGCAUGUGAAGGAGGAGCCCACUGAUGUGGAGGAGGACAGUCGGUCAGUAUCCCUUCUGGCCGGCAUCACACACAACCUGCCAUUGCCGAGUGACGAGCGCGACCUGGAGGAGGAUCUUCCUACUGAGGAGCUGGAGUAGGACAGAUCCCAGAUGGACCAGAGGGACGAGACAUAGCGAGAUCAAUCCCUGAGCCCUCUCGUCAGUGUGAAGAGGAAAAGAUAGCUACAGUACACUUAAGAGAAAAGAGAAAAAAGGCAAAGUUUUUUUUUGUUUUUAAGAAAAUGCAAGCAACCAAGGACAACAUUGAGAAACUCCAAACAGGGUUCGAUGACCUCCAUUACUUACAGACACAAAGACAAGACUGCGGAGCACUGCUUUACCUCCAUGUGUUUCUUUUCCAACACUUGGCUCAAAGAUGUACCACUCAAUGCACACACACACACACACACACACACACACACACACACACACACACACACACACACACACACACACACACACACACACACACACACACACAGAUACACACACACACACACAAACACAUACACACACACACACACGCACGCACACACACGCACACACACGCACACACACAUGGUCACUUGUCACACCAUGUCUUAUCAUCCUCCCUGGUCAUAUCAGCCUCUGUGUAGAGACCCUUAGAGGUUUGGACACACACUCUCCUCCUUGCCCAACCACUCUGCAUACGCCCUCCUUGCUGUUGUUUCGGGCUGCCUGGCUAGCAGUUUUAUCUCAAAAAUCAGUUGAGAAGAUGCACAGAUGUGUAUGUGUUCGAAAGAGAAAGACACACACACAGGAUCAUGUGUAUAUAGAUUUGGAGCUGUCACCAGGGGCUGUGCAGUAGGCCUAUACCUCUCCUUCUUCCCCAUCUUUGAGUCAAUCACUUGCUUUUUCAUUUUCUUUGAUUUGAUUGAAAUGAAACUGGCAGGCUUCAAGAUGGGAAGGAAGGAAGCGAGCUUUCAAAGAUUACCUCCAUCAGUGCUCCAACACUUCUUCAGAGCAGGCUCCUGUCUCCACGUGGGUGUAUGAGCCCACGGCGAGGUUGUGGCCCUGGUCCCUGACCAAACCUCUGCCCCCAGCAAAGACACUUAGUGACUGACGUCUUUUAAACUCUUUGCUUCCAAAUGAGAAAAAGACUCCCCCCCCACCCCCCCUCAUCCCUUCCCAUCCCCAAAAGACUGCAGGAAUUGGACCAUUUGGUGCUGUCCUUCUCCUCUCCUCCAUCUGCUGAUGGAGCGAUGAGCUUGGAACACUUUGAGAAAGAGAAGAAAAGAGGGGAAGCAGAGAGAAAUGAGGGAGAAAAUGUCUACAGAAAUAUUGUGACUAAAAAAGAAAACUGUUCAUGAUUAUGGAAUAUAAGAAGAAAAAAAAACGUGUGGUAGCUUUUGUCAUUUCCUUUUUUAUUUGAUGUUAUUAUCAUUGUUUAUUUUUGAGGAUCAAUAUUUCCACGGUGGCGUUCUGUUUCAACGUACUUUUUCUAAGAAUGCUGUUUUUGUUUUUGUAUUGUAAAUUGUUUGAUUUACUCUGGCUGUUCACACCAUUCCAAAUGAGUAUUGGCAACAACUAAAAGCGCAGUAUUGUCCCAAGUUGUGAUACCCGACCCCUACUCCCACCCUUUUCUGUCCAAAGUGUAGCAGGCAAGAAAUUUGGAAAUGCACUUAAAGUUGCCAUUAUCCAAACAGAUUAUUUAACAGCAGAAUCAUUUUUUAUUCUCUCUCUUUCGCUUGUUUUUGGUUGUGUAUUUAGUUGAGAAAUGUCAGUAAUGCUUUAAAAAUAUUGAUAUAUAUAUAUUAUUACUGCAGUCAGAGAAUACCUCAACCCACCAAGGUUCUGCCUGGAACGGUGUCCAAAUUAAUAAACAAAUAAGGGGGAAUUCUUUUAGUGGGACACCAAAUGUGGCAACUCUGCUCAGCUUCAAUUCAAAGCUCUAUGGUUGUAAUAGUUACUGUUUAGAAGCUAUCUGAAAUUCACUGUGUGAGUUUGUGUUAAAGGAAUAGCACGUGCGAUUUAUGUUUUUGUUUGUUUUCCGUGAGCAUAAAUUCAUUACUUUUCUCUACAGUGCCAUACCAAAUUUAACAUUUAUUUUAAUCUAUUAUCUGCUUAUUCCCAUUUUAUUUUUGUUACAGGUAACCAAAGAAAUAUGUAGAAAACCAAAAACCCUGUAUUUUAUUUUGCCCUUUUUGAGUUUCUUUUUUUCCUUCUUCAAGGAUUGGCCAAAAGACAACAAACCAGAAGUUUUAAUUCUUAUUAUUGUAUUCAUAUAACUAUUAUGUUGAAAUUAUACAUGGGUUACAGUGCUGACCAUUCCAAAAACCAAAGUGUGUAAAGCAAACUAGAAUUUGGCGACAUUAAAGCUUUUGAAAUGAUAAGUGGUUACAAAUGACUCACAUUAGGUAUGAGUCCAAAAAGUAGUAUUAACAAACCUCACACAGUUCCUCUGAAAAACAAAAAGAAAGAGAAAAGAAAAAAGCACUUAGAGGUGAAACCCUGUCUCUCCCACGCUCAGACUAAACUGUGUUCCAAACACAAUCCUAGGACUGGCCCUACUGCUGCAUGAGCAGGCCUAAAAAUGAAGCACUCGAGAGGCAUUUGAACACUUUUCGAUUGAAAGGAUACUUUUCUGGGGCUGUUGUAGCAAACAUUUGGAGUUUUUUCAAUCAAGGGAACAAACAUACAUCUUGAUCUGUAUGUAGUAUUUCCAAGAAGAGGAAGUGUACUCUAAUGUGGUUACAAAAGUCACAUCUUUGGACAAGGAAGAUUUAUUCCAAAACAUCUAUAUUUCAAUAAAGAGGGAACAACUCAAAAUUAUGAAAAAAAACUUGUAAGAGGAAAACAACCAAGGGACAUCAUGUAAUUGAAAGUUGGGUUCAUAUUUUCAUACUUUUUGUCAAACUAUCUCUUGCACUUCUGACGAUUUUUCUUGUUUAAUGAAAGAACCUUUCUGAUGACUUUGAGUUCAAACAGGACUGUUUCCUGUCACAUUAGAGACUGAUUUCUAACAAAGUACAAAGUGGCAGAUGACAUCUUGAAACAAGAUAAAAACCAAAAAUAACACUACCUCCUUUUCAAAACGGUUCAACACAUAGCCAAUGGAGACUGACCUCUCUAAAAUAUUUCUUUUUCUCCAUUCUUACUCGAUAAUAUCGAAUGCCAAAAUUGUUGUUACACUUACUGUAUGACUGACACAAAAAAAGCUAUUUGGCGAUCUGGACUCCCUAACACAUCUGCUUGAGCCCAAAAACAUAGAGACGUUUCACUUUCCAUGGAAUUAAAAAUGACUACCUCUCCUUAAACCACAUCUAAAGCACUCUCUAUGUCUCGAAGUCUGUUGUGAAGUGCUUACUAUAUAUGAAAAGUUUUCUAUCAGCUGUGUAAAAAAUGACCAUAUUCCUGCACCCGUUUAGCACUGAGCUAUGUGAACAGCCUCUCAACUGUGUGCUCUGACUAUACGUGUGUAUAUUCAUGAUCUCAGCCAACGAGAAACUGGUCGUUAAUGGCUUAGUUGUGUUGUAGGGAGCUGGUUGUCGGGGGUAAUGAUGGACAGAAUAUAUCAAUGCCAUCAAACACACACACACACACACAGGCGUAUGGAUUAGUGCAACAGAGGCUCUGACCAUCCAGAAAUCCAAAGACCCACAACACAGCAGCACAUGCUUUGCCAAACACUCGCAGAGACGCUGAGAGGACUAACACACACUUAAUGAAACUCAUCACUACUACUAGUAAUAUCCAGACCAAGAGGAACUGCUGCAUACAGUACAUAGAUGUAAUGUACACCUGUAAACAAAGUUGUUUUAUAAAGAUGUAGAUUGUUCACAGGUCGCCAUGUAACACUUCUGUUCUUUCUCCAGCUUGGCAUAACAUGAUGUAUUCUUGUAUAUUAUUGCUUGACUUAUCUUUCCAGGGCAUUCUUUCCUAUGUUGUCCUUUGAUUUUCUCUUCUUUGUUUUCUGCACCUGUUUAGCUAUUGUAAAGCUUUCAGCUCUGAUUCCUAUACUGUACUGCUAAUGCUGAAGUAUAUGUAUUUAUCAUAUUAUGUGCUGCAGGUAUCUUGGUUUAUUAGUUUUGAUUUUGUUUUGUUUGUUUUCAUUUUUUCAGUUCUUCAUAAAACGUCUGGGACGCUGAUUUUUUAAGUGUAUUAUCUCAACAAAAAAAUGAAAAUAAUAAAAGUUAGAUCAGUGGUUUAGGUAACACCUGUUUGUAUAUUUAUCUUAGCUAGGUCUAUUUUGAUACUUUUUUUGUCUCUGUACUGCAUUUAUGCAUUUUUAAGGAAAGAAAAAAACAAAUGGAAAACAAACUAAAAAGUUACUUCAUUAUGUAUUGAUACCUCAGAAGGACUUUUUUCAAAGACAGGACCAAAACCUCUGAAAAGAAAAAAAGAAAGAUGAAAAAUUGUAACAAUAUGUAGCCCCUCUCUUGCUUUAAAAAAAUAUUGCGGAGCUCUAGAAAGAUAUUGCUGUUGGUCCUCUCAGGUGCCAAUAUGUGUCCCAGCUCCCUGUGACCCCUCCCUGUGACCCCUGACCCCUGUCAUACCUGUGCUGAACUGAACCGACCCACAGAGCUGUCAAUCAUCUGCAGGCACCGUGGGGGUGUCACUGAGUCACACAUCUGUCUGGUGGUGACCAGUCACAAACCUCAUCUCAUAGUCCCAGAGAGACAGAUCAAAGCCUGGCCUUGUUGCAUUUUUGAUACUCCUCCUCUUAUGUAGUCUCAAUACCAAAAUGUGGAAUGACUCUCAGAGAUGCAGCUCAUCAUCUGACUACCAAAGGCAUUGAACGCAACCCAUUUGCUUAGUCCAAACUUCUGAACUGUAACCAAACUGUAACCAAACCAAUGCCACAACUUUAACCAAACAAAAACCAAGCUACAUCCAAAAGUCUCCAUUGACUUCACUGAUUACCUUUACUGAUAGCUGUUAUCUCUCGUACAUCCACGUAAUAGUGUUUUACUAGUGGCUGGUGACUGACUCAAAGGACACAGGGAGCCCAACUCUUGACUUGUGAUUUGACAGUUCUGAGGUGUCAUGUGAGGGGGAAGGGACUCUCAAAGUGGAGCAUUGCCUGACGGUAUUAUCAAGUAGACAGCCUGAAUCCGAUGGAACUACCACUUCUCUCCUCUGGUUAAACCUAAGGAAUGUGUGUACAUUUUCAGCAGUGACUCUCUGUAUUGUUUCUUUUAGUUUCAGUUUACCUCUUUAUCUGUUUACCUCUCUUUAUCCUUUCUGUUUCUUGUUAUUUGAAAGUGUGACCCGAGGAAGAGGCAGAGACAGGGACUGGGUGUUGGCUUUAGACAGACAGUGGAGCCCAACCCUUUGACCCUCCACCCCGGGUAGCCAUGUAAUGCCAGUCACUGCCCUUUCCUUCAUGCUGUAUAAAAACACACACAUAUAUCUGUGUAUUUGUAACCUGAAUCUUCUUGUGUCUGUCCAUGCAGACAAUAAAAAAACUGUACAGUAGGUCUAGUUGCAUGUAAUCUGUACUAAUUAUUGACAAUGGCAUUAUAAAAUGCAAUAAAAUACUUAUUACACUGUC